CUGCGGGAGGAGGUCUGGGGAGGGCUGCAGGGCCCUGGGAGGCCCCGCCCCAGCUCCGCCUCUGUGCCUUGGGCAGGGGACCCUGAGGAGGGCAGGGCCCCCAGGCUGAGGGCUGUCUUCUGGGCGGGUGGAUUUUUCCGUGUCUUCCCAGCUGUUAUUGGCCGAGGGGGUUACAGUCACUGGGCCCUCACAGAUGGGUGGGGCCUGGUGUUGAGACCUGGUCUGAGAGCCCUAGGCGGAGACUCUGGGUGUGGGCACUGCAGGGACAGGGCCUGGGGGUGUCUUGUGUGUCCCCUGCGCCCACCAGGGUGCCAGCACCAUCACCUCUCUCCCUGGCUAUUGUGUCACCUAUAUACAGUCUCCGGUUUGACUCCCCAUCUGUUCUGCACUGAGUCAGGUCAUCGACCCCGGAGCCCCAGAGCUGGCCUCUCCGGGGUGUGACACACGCACCAGCCUGGCCCGAGCUUAGACCUCGAGCUGGGCUUAGCGCUCUCUUCUCACUGUUUUGAAAUCCUUCGUGCUUUUGGGACAAGCCUACUGCGUUUCAUCGGACACUUAGCCCCUCAGCGCUGCAGCAUCUCCUGGGCCCUCCAGGGCCUCCCCUCUUGCUCCAGGACAAGCCACAGAACUCCCAGGAGCACUGACUCUUCCUGCUGCCUGGACUGCAGCCCCCAGACGUUGCCAUGCCCACCUCCCCGUGAGCCUUCCCCGACCACCCUCUGUAAACGGACCCCUCCCGGCUCCGCCACCCCUGCCCAUUUCUCUUUUGCUGCCUGCCUUCCAGCAGCAGCGAAGCCCCGGAUGCAGGGACAGUGUGUCUCUCAGAGCCCAGGGCACCGCGUGGCAGUGCUCAGGGUGUUUUCCCUGUGUGUGUCUACGCACGUGUGCGCGUGCAGAGGAGAGUGGUCAGGGCACUUAUAGGCAGUGUUCCGGGCGUGCAUGUAAGCUGUGUGCGCACGUGUGUGGCACGUGUGUGGCACGAGUGCGCCUGCACAUUUGGUCCCUGGGCACCUGGCUGGUGUAGUGGCAGCUCUGGGCAGCAGGGCACCUGGCUGAGAGCAUGUGUGCGCCGGCCUGGUCUUCAGGUGACAUCGGCCCUUGUCGUCAUUCAAGUCGCCACCACCACCCCUCAAGCACCUGGUGCUUCCCCGCCCUUCCUGACCCUCCACCAUUGAGUCCAGGACCUCCGGCACCAGAGCACCACCUCCCGCUGGGCUCUAAGGGGCUGCCUGCAACUCCGAACACCCCGGGGCAGGGGUAGAGCCACCACAGUGGCCACCAAGGGGCAUCUGGCCCUCUUGGUGGUAGGCGUGCUGCUGGCUCAGGGCUCUGGUCCCCAGCCGUCUCCUCCCAGCCCUCCUGGCCUGGCCCAGAGCAUCCAGCUGUGGGAAGCAAACAAACCCUCUGCUUCAGAGUCUGCAUCUGGGACAUGGACCUGGCCUUGUGUGGACCCUGCUGGGCCACAGGCCUGGCGGCCUCCCCAGCGCCAAGAUGAGCGUCACUUCCUGGUUCCUGGUGAGCAGCAGCGGCACCCGCCACCGGCUGCCCCGAGAGCUCAUCUUCGUGGGGCGGGACGAGUGUGAGCUCAUGCUGCAGUCCCGCAGUGUGGACAAGCAGCAUGCUGUCAUCAACUACGACCAGGACAGGGACGAGCACUGGGUGAAGGACCUGGGCAGCCUAAAUGGGACUUUCGUGAAUGACGUGCGCAUCCCAGACCAGAAGUACGUCACGCUGAAACUCAAUGACGUCAUCCGGUUCGGCUACGAUUCCAACAUGUAUGUGCUGGAGCGCGUGCAGCACCGUGUCCCGGAGGAGGCGCUCAGGCACGAGAAGUACACCAGCCAGCUGCAGGUGGGCAUCAAGAGCCCCGUGUCCAAGAGGGGCGAGGCCCUGCCAGAGCACGCGCCUUACUGCGAGGCCUCGAACCCCAGGCCAGAGAAAGGGGACCGGAGACUGACAGCAGAGGCGGCGGCCUACCGCACACCCCUCUAUGGGCAGCCGUCGUGGUGGGGUGAGGACGAUGGUGGCAGCCCUGCUGAGGACCGGCGCCAGGAUGAGCCCUACGCGGAGCGGCCCAAAGAGCCGCCUCAGCAGGGCGGGGACCUCGCGGGGCCCGUGGCCAGCUUCCAGGCCCCCCCAGAGCCUCCGGGCUACUCGUUCCGCCGGGAGCCCAGCUACUUCGAGAUCCCCACCAAGGAGACCCCCCCGCCACGGACCCCGGAGGUGCCGCCGCACGAGGCGCCCACCAGGGACGCAGAGCUGGGCGGGGGCGGCGCGGCCCCCGUGGUACAGAGCCACGCCUGCUUCACCAUCGAGUUUGACGACUGCAGCCCCGGCAAGGUGAAGAUCAAGGACCACGUGACCAAGUUCUCGCUGCGCCAGCGGCGGCCCCCGGGCAGGGAGGCCACGCCUGGGGAGAUGGUCUCCGCCGAGACCAAGGUGGCCGACUGGCUGGUGCAGAACGACCCGAGCCUGCUGCCCCGGGCCGGCCCCGGCGACGACCGGCACAGCACCAAGAGCGACCUCCCGGUGCACACCCGGACCCUCAAGGGCCACAGGCAUGAGGACGGCACACAGAGCGACUCAGAGGACCCCGUGGCCAAGGCGGCGGGGGCGGCCGGGGUCCCUGCGGACGCCGGCGGGGAGCAGGUGCGGCUGCAGCGGCAGAUCAAGCGGGACCCGCAGGAGCUGCUGCACAACCAGCAGGCCUUCGUCAUCGAGUUCUUUGACGAGGACACGCCCCGCAAGAAGCGCUCCCAGUCCUUCACGCACACGCCCCCCGGGGACCCCAGGCCAGAGCGGCGCCGAGGCCCCGGGCCGGCCGACAGGGACCGCCCGGCCGCCCCCGCCCCGGCCCCAGCCCGGGGGCCGGGCAGCAGCACGGGGCCGCAGCGGGCCAGCUCGCUCAAGCGGGAGAAGACAGAGGAGCGGCUGGGCAGCCCCUCGCCGGCCGCCCGGGCCUCUGCCCGCCCCUUCGGCAGCGUGGGGCGCCGUUCCCGCCUGGCCCAGGACUUCAUGGCCCAAUGCCUGAGGGAUGGCUCCCCGGCCGCCCGGCCCGGCCCCGAGAAGCCACCGCCCCCACUGCCCGCUCCCCUGACGCCCCGUGGGGCCAGCCCCGUGGUCCCCUCGACGCCACCGCCACCCCCUGCUGACCCCCACGUGACAAAGGCGCGUAAGCAGGAGGAGGACGACAGCCUCAGUGACGCAGGGACCUACACCAUCGAGACGGAGGCGCAGGACCGGGAGGUGGAGGAGGCCCGCAAGAUGAUUGACCAGGUCUUCGGGGUCCUUGAGUCCCCUGAACUCUGCAGAGCAGCCUCGGCCGCCUUCCGCCCAGUCAUCAGAGGGGACAGAGACGAGCCCAGCGACGGGGUGGCCCAGCGGAUGGCCCUGCUGCAGGAUUUUGCCUCCCGGCCAGGUGUCCCGGUGCCAGGCUCCCCCGGGGGUCAGAAGUGGGUGUCCCGCUGGGCCAGCCUGGCUGACAGCUACUCAGACCCAGGCCUGUCGGAGGACGGCGCCGGGCGCAGGGCUGGGGAGCUGGACGGGGCCCUGCCUGUGCGCCAGCGGCGUCUGCUCCCACAGCUGCCCAGCGACAGGGCCGACAGCCCCGCAGGCCCUGAGGCUGCCAGGAGGAGCGGGCCUGGGCCACCGGAGCCGGGCAGCGAGCAGGCCGGCCCCCUCUUGGGGCAAGAGGACCUGGAGCCCGACAGCCUGAGCGACGCCAGCGGCUCAGACGGCGGGCGGGGCCCUGAGCCGGGCAGUGGCCCGCAGGAGGGGCUGGCGUGGACGCGGGGCCGGCGCUCACCCAGGGCCCCCAUGGAGCCGGCCCCCACCUCCUUCUUCAUCGGGGACCAGAAUGGGGAGGCAGCCUUCCCCCGGAAAGCGGCUGUGGCUCCGGGCGAGGGGGAGGCCGCAGGGCGGGCGGCCCAGCCCAGCCCCCCGCCGAGGGACGGGAGGUACGUCAGCACCAGUGGGCGGAUGGUGGUCCAACUGCGGACAGGGCGGUCCCCGGAGCCCCCCAAGGAGGCCCUGGGCCUGGGCAGGCAGGAGAGCUUCACCAAGGAGCCGGCCAGCGGUCCCGCAGCCCCCGGUCAGCUUCCACACAUCCCCAGCCACCCGCUCCUGCAGGACCUGGCCACGGCCCGGGCCGCUCGCAUGGACCUUCACUCUCAGGACACCCACCUGAUCCUGAGGGAGACGGAGACGGCUCUGGCUGCCCUGGAGGCCCGGCUGCUCUCCAAGUCCAUGGAGGAGCCGGAGGGGCAGGUGGGCCCUGCCCCCGGGCGGCCAGAGGACUCCGUGUCCGGGGACUCUGACGUGGACACGGCCAGCACUGUCAGCCUGCUCAGUGGCAAGAACGGGCCCAGCCCGACCAGCCCCCAGCCCACGGGGCUGCCGAAGGAGAGGCUGCCGCCCCCGCCAGCAGCACAGGACCCGGGCAGCGGUGCCCUGAACAGCGCCCGCGAGCGGCUCUCCGAGAAGCAGCGUCGCCCACCGGGCCCGACUGACGCCAGCCGGGGAGAGCCAGCGAGGCGCCUGGCCGUGCGGCGUGGCCAUGGGCCCCGGGGGUCCCUGGACUGGCCCGAUGAGGAACGAGGCUCCACCCCUGCCCACCCGCCCGGGCCAGACACGGGCCCUUGCGACCACGAGGCCCCUGCGGCCCCUGCGGCAGGACGGCCAGGGCCUCGCCGAAAACCCACGGCCCCACCGCCAUCCCCGGCCGCCCGCGAAGAGCAGAGCCGCGGCUCCGCUGGUGUCCAGAAGGUGCAGCAAGUGCUGACCCGCUCCAACAGCCUGUCCACCCCACGGCCCACGAGGGCCUCCCGGCUGAGGCGGGCCCGGCUGGGGGACGCCUCCGACACAGAGGCCGCAGAUGGUGAACGGGGGCCCCCGGCCAACCCCGAGCCAGUGGGGCGGCCAGCUGCUGAGCAGGCCAAGAAGCUGUCACGCCUGGACAUCCUGGCCCUGCCCCGGAAGCGGGCCGGCUCCUUCACGGGGCCCAGCGACUCCGAGGCGGCCCCCACCCGGCCCGGCUUCUCCGGCCGCAGCGCCGAGUUGUACUGCGCCGGCCGCAAGCCCAGCGUGGCCGAGGCUCGGGCCACCGCCAAGAAGGCCGCCAACGCCACCGCAGCCCCCCGCCAGCCCUUCAGCAGGGCCCGCCCAGGCAGCGCCCGAUACGCCUCACCCAGAACCAAUUCACUCGCCCAAGACGCGCGUCGCCGGCAGCAGGGCUCAGAUUGCACAUCCACAUCUGAGGAGGAGUAUGGCUCCCACCACGGCUCCCCCAAACACACACGCUCCCAUGCCUCAACAGCCACGCAGACCCCACGGGCUGGCAGCUCUGUCCGGGCCCGCCCCCGGGCCCCUGGCCUCCGGGACACGGAUGACGAGGAAGAAGAGCCUGACCCCUACGGUUUCAUUGUGCAGACAGCCGAGAUCGCUGAGAUUGCCAGGCUGAGCCAGACACUGGUGAAGGACGUGGCCAUCCUGGCCCGUGAGAUCCACGACGUGGCCGGGGAUGGGGACUCGCUGGGCUCGCCGGGGCCUGCCCGCAGCCCCUCCCUCAACAAUGUCCCCAGCACCCCUGCCUCCACCAUCUCCGCCCGCGAGGAGCUGGUGCAGCGCAUCCCCGAGGCCAGCCUCAACUUCCAGAAGGUGCCGCCCGGCUCCUUGAGCUCCCGAGACCUGGACCAGAACAUGAACGACCGCUGCGAGGACCCCCUGGCCAACAAGACGCGGCCUCGGAACCGCGAGGAGGUGAUCUUUGACAACCUGAUGCUGAACCCCGUGUCCCAGCUGUCCCACGCCAUCCGUGAGAACACGGAGCACCUGGCCGAGAAGAUGAAGAUCCUCUUUCAGAACACGGGGCGCGCGUGGGAGGAGCUGGAAGCCAGGAUCAACGCGGAGAACGAGGUGCCCAUCCUGAAGACGUCCAACAAGGAGAUCAGCUCCAUCCUGAAAGAACUGAGGCGAGUGCAGAAGCAGCUGGAAGUCAUCAACGCCAUCGUGGACCCUGCUGGGAGCCUGGACGCGCUGCCUGGAAGCCGGGCCUCCACAGGCCCGGCCCAGCUCGGGAAAGGCUGGCCCGCUGCCCAGAGCCCGUCGUCACCCGCCUCGGCCCUGCCGUCGAGAAGCGUGCCUCAGCGGGCAAACUGCGGGUCCCCUGGGCUCCCGGACCCCCCCUUCCUUCCCGACUCGGACAGGUUCCUGCUCUAGGUGUGGGGGCCGGGGCGGCCCCUGUGCCCUGGGUCCCCGGGCCGCCCCCCCCACACCACCCGCUGCUGCGGCCAGUUCUCCACAAAGCCCCCACACGUGCCAUACCCCGCGGGUCCCCCCCCCACUCUCAGGCACACCCCUGCUGGCUCCUGGCCCGGCUUCUGCCGUGGCCGAUGCCAAGGGCCAGCGUUGCGGGCGUGUGCCCAGUAUCCCCUCCAUUGCUGUCAUUUUUGUCUUUAGCUUUCAAGGAAAGAGUAGUUUGUGCCAUUGCGGGCACUCCUGGGCCUCGGAGGGUCCCGACUCGCCGCACGGGCUGGGGGGGCCGUGUACUCGCCCACCCUGAGCCUUUGUGCGGCCGGACCGGGUAGAGGAAGAGGGGCUGGGCAGUGCGUUCUUUCAGUGCCAAACGCAGACCUGGGGGCUUCGUGAUGCCCCAGGACUCAAGGGCAGAGCGCAGGCUGGUCAGGGCGCUGGCGGCUCCCAGCCACCCCAGAGUCCAGCGGCCCGGGACAGGGAUGUGGCCUGUGGGUACAUGUGGGGCAGGACCCCCACCGCUUCGAGCCUUUGGUGCCAACAUAACUGCCAAACUCAUGAGCGUGUGGGCCGGUGGCUGUGCGCACGCCCGAGCACGCCCGCGCCUGCAGCUACCCCAGCACAGCUCCACACGCGGGCACGGCCAGUGAGCGUGCAGGGCCUGGGGUGCUGGCUUCCGACGGUCCUGGGCCAGGUGGAGGCAAGUCAGUGACCAAAGUGGCUGGAAACCCGGCUUCCAGAAGCUCCCUGGACCCCACGCCCUCCCCUGGCCAUCCCCCACCCUCAGACGCGGGGAGCACUGAGUGGGCGCCUCCCAGGCUCUGUGCUCCCCAUCCCGAGAGGGUGGGGAGGACAGCCCCCCGGAACCCGUUUCGUUUUCUCAGGAUUCUCUCAGCUGGGAACAUGCCAGGCCAGCAGAGCUCGGCCCCUCCUGGGGUGGGGGUGGGGCUGACGUUUCUGGAGCCUUUAAGCCAAAGAGCCUGUUGGCUGUGGCAGGUGGGGUGGGGGGGUGCCCACCUCCGCCACCCUGGUGUGGGCGAGUCCUGCACCCCGCCUGGCAUCUGCGCACAUGUUGACUGGACGGGACCAACGGCUGGGGGUGGGGUCGCCGAGGCUGCACGGGACGCUGGUGGCCGUGCGAGUCCCAGCCGUGCUGGGCGACACAAGUUUACGUUUGGCUGAGUGGAGCUGAGUGCAUGGAUCCUGUGCGUGUGAGUGGGGGCCCCUCCCGGCCCCGCCCGCGAGCCUGCUGUGUCCACGCAGAGGAGGUGCUAGAGUCCUGCUGCCCCCCCACCCCCCGCAUGCCCCACGGCUGCCCACAGCCUGGCCCCCAGCACAAGCCGUGGCCGUCCGUCCACCACACCUCCAUCCACAGCCCCUGGGGGAUUGCUGUACGAGUUUUUUAUUCACAAAUCUUCUCCCCACCGCCCCCCCCGCCAGCCUUCGCCUUGGGAUCGGUUAACUUAUUUGUCUGGCUUCUUGGAGGCACCUCUGUGCGUUUGUCCUCAGGUGGUCUUAUGGAUGUCUUUCAGAAAAUGGUUAUUUUAUAUGAUUUGUCAUGGAAUUUGUUCUAAUAAAUCAUUCUUCUAUCA